UAUAUUUCAUAUAAAUCCAUUCCAUGUAACUGAUUUCAACCAGCAAUAUGGUUGAUACAGAAUAUCCGAUUGAAGUAGGUCGAUUAUCUAUACAAAGAAACAUUAGUGAGAGAAGAAUAAGCAGACGAGAAAGUUUAAGAUUGCUUGUUGAAGAACCAACAUUGUUAGAAAAAAGGCUGUGCGAAGCUUUUGAUAUAUUUGAUAAUGCAAGAAAUAAUGAAGUGGAUGUUAGAGAUUUGGGUACCAUUAUAAGAGCAUUAGGAUGUGUUAUUACAGAAGCAGAACUACAAGAAAUACAGGUUCAAGUAGAAGAUGUAAUAAAUAAUUGUGUACCAUUGAACAAAUAUAUAGAAUAUAUGUACAAAGCAAUUACUGAACGCAAAUUUAAACCUGCAGAACCUGAAGAUCUAUUAAAAGCAUUUCAAUUACUAGAUCCUGAAAAUCGUGGUUAUAUUAUGAAAGAUGAUUUAGAAAAAACUUUGAUGGAAAUAGGAGAACCUUUUACUAAAGAUGAAGUGGCUGAAAUGAUGGCAGUUGCUUGUGAUCCAAUAACAAAAAAAGUUUAUUAUGAAUAUUAUAUCAAUUUGUUGAUUGUAAAACUCCCAACGGAUAAAAAUGUACAUGCAAUAGUUGAUCGAAUGGAAAUAGAAAAAUUAGAACUUAUGCCAAAAAAACGUAAAUUAGAAAGUCUUCUUAUGGAAGCUGAAGAAAAAGAAUUGAAUAUUUAACACUAUUAUAUAAUAAA